AAAAGAAUAAGAACAUCGAAAUAGUCCCACCAAAAAUUGUCCCACCGUCAUUUAACGGUAGAAACCGCGUUGUGGAUCUAUGCUUUGGUCUUUUCAGGCGGAAUUAUGCCUUUAUCGAGCAGUAGAAGGUCUGUUUUUUCAUAUGUGGUGCUGGUGCUGUUGGAUUGUUUCUGGGAAGCGGCGUCAGGGCAGCUCUCCUACUCCGUCUCAGAGGAGGUAAACCCGGGUACUAAUGUCGGAAAUAUCGCCAAGGAUCUAAACCUCAAUGUGCAAGAUUUGGAGUCCCGUUUGUUUCAGAUUGUUGCAGGAUCUAAGAGGAAAUACUUCGAGGUAAAUCUAAAGACUGGAUUUCUGUAUGUCAAUGAGAGAAUAGACCGAGAGGAGCUUUGUACAGAUGAGCCCAAAUGCACUGUUAGCGUCGAGGCAGUUAUAAACAACCCAUUAAAGCUUUAUCGAAUAGAGGUAGAAAUCAGAGAUGUGAAUGACCAUUCUCCGUCUUUUAACACUAAAUCACAAAUACUGGACAUUGCGGAGAACACACUGCCUGGAUUUAAAUUCGCGUUAUCAGAGGCAAGCGAUGCUGAUGUGGGUAAAAAUAGUGUGAGUGCGUAUAGGCUCAGUCCAAACGAAUACUUCAGUCUUGCCACACACAAAAGAGAGGAGGGUGCAUCUCCAGAGUUAGUGCUGCAGAAAGCCCUAGACCGUGAGAAAAAGCCACAUAUGCAGCUCGUGUUAACUGCGGUAGACGGGGGUACCCCACCAAAUUCAGGCACAUCAGAAAUUGAAAUAAAUGUACUAGACAUUAAUGACAACGCACCAAUGUUCAGUAGCACUCUGUACAAGGUUAAAACAUUUGAAAAUAUCCAGGUUGGUACGGCAAUUUUCCCCUUAAAUGCUACCGACGCGGAUGAAGGCACAAACAGUGAAAUCGUAUAUUCUCUUCGUAGUAAGGAUCAGGACCAUAUUCUGGAUAUUUUUAAAAUUGAUCCGAACACGGGGAUUAUUUCAGUGAAAGGCAAAAUCGACUACGAGGAAAGAAAAGCUUUUGAGAUCCGAGCAGAGGCCAGGGAUAAAGGCCAGCCUCCCAUGUCUGCUCAUAGUAAAGUGCUGGUAGAAGUAAUUGAUGUAAACGACAACGCUCCUGAGAUCACCGUGACGUCACUGCUCAACACAGUGAACGAGGACGCGGAAGUGGGUACAGCUAUCGCACUUGUAUCCGUUCAAGACAGAGAUAGUGGUAAAAAUGGUGACGUAAAAUGUGAGAUCUUGAAUACGGUUCCGUUCAAAUUGGAGACAAAUUACAAAAACUAUUACUCGUUAGUGGUUGAUGGACAUUUAGACAGAGAGGUGACUCCUCAGUACAAUGUAACAAUUUCAGCUACUGAUGAAGGGAGUCCUCCUCUAUCGAACAUAAGCGUCAUUACUGUUUACGUGUCUGAUGUUAAUGACAAUGCUCCUCGUUUCUCAGAACAAUCGAUAAACAUUUAUGUGAAAGAAAACGGUAAA